AUGGCCAUGACCACAAAUCCAAGGUCUACUACCAACAACAUCCGCUUGCGGUUUCCUCGAAGCCACCAUCGUAGCGAAUCAGCUUCGAAUGUUGGUGGGAACAGUUUGAUUGUCGAAAGCCACGAGAUCGAUUCAUUCGUUCAACUUAUCUCGUCGAACCCUCAAACCCCUUUACAAGCACGCAGGUAUGUCUUUGGGGGCAGCGUCACACAGCGUCACACAAGAUGGAAAGUUGAUUAG